UGCUCCAGUAAUUAGUUAUUUGAUGUACGGAGUGGCAGUUUGCACUGGUCACGCGGCUCGGAAUUGUGAGAACACUUGUGUUUUCCUUAAUUUCUGAAAUGUCUUUCAAACUAUCUUCUGUUAUCCUUGCGGUUUGUGGGAUAUCACUGACCAGUGGGGCUAUAUUUAAUACGGACACCAAGUAUACUAUAUGGCCCAAAGCGAUACCUAAUGUUCUUGCGACUUUUGUUCCUGUGUAUAUCGAUGCUGCCAGAUACGAUGCCACUACGCUAGGAAAUAUCCGACUGGCCAUAUCUCAAGUGAACAAAGACCUCAAUAACUGCAUUGUGUUUUAUGAAUAUUAUGCCGGUCCGGCCCCACCCCCAAAUAUUGGAAUGGACUUCAUUUAUAUAUCUCCCGUUAAUAAUGCGGGGGUGCCUCAGACGGUUUGCGGAACGGUGCCGGGGCGUCAAACUGGACAAAACGGAUUCGGUCAAAAAAUGUAUAUCAUUGGAAGCGGAGCGGGCAGUUGUGGUUCCCAACGGGCAGUGAUGGCCAGACUGGUCAAUGGUCUAGGCCUACGGACGGAAUACCUGCGCCCAGACCGGGGUGGUUCGAUUAAUGUCGACACAUCAAAGAUUGACGCAUCACUACAGCAGUUUAAUAUGUUCAACGUAUAUACUGGGGGGGUUCAAACCAGCAACUGGACCCCCGUAAACGGUGCUAAUGUUCCCAGCACCUUCGAUUUCAAGUCCAUUACCAUGGUCUCACCACAGACGUUUGCCCAGUCCGGACAGUCUGUUUACACCGUUCCAGGUGGACAAACAGUCGGAACGCAAAACCGGCUGAGCUUCGCGGACUGCAUGGCCAUUGCUUCUAAAUACAGCUGUUCGGCUCAAACGGGACUGACAUGCUCGGACCCGUACGGUACGGGCGGAGGCAGUACAGGUACUGGAACAGGCACAGGGACCGGGACCGGGACGGGUACAGGCACUGGAUCCGGAACGGGUACAGGCACUGGAUCCGGAACGGGUACAGGCACUGGAACGGGAACUGGAACUGGUACAACCGGCACAUGCGCCGCCCCCAGCACCAAUCCGUUCAGUGGAUCCACACAGUGCACGGCCAACCCAUCCGAUCUCGGAUACCCCAUCACCUUUUCCCAGGUUUCUCCUGCCGAUAUAACAACCAUCGUGGAGGGUCACAACGCUUACCGCCGCGGAGUCGCUGCGACAAAUAUGAGGAAGCUAACAUGGAAUGCAUGUCUGGCCAGCAGUGCCCAAGCAUGGGCCAGUCGGUGUACUAGCAUUAGCACAACUCCCCAUGAUUCAUCUACUGACCGCAGAGCCCCAGGAUUCUCCCAGUGCGGUCAAAACAGAUUUGACGGCACCACUGGUUUCUAUAACUGGAAGUCCGCUGUUGAUGCUUGGUAUAAUGAAGUCAAGGAUUUCACUUUUGGUAGCAGCGCCAAUGUCUUUUCGAAAGUUGGCCAUUAUACCCAGGUGAUGUGGGCGGACACGUCGCUGAUCGGAUGCGGCAAGGCUUCCUGCAGUGGAAAUGAUGUCUUCGUCUGCAAUUACUGCUCUCCAGGGAAUAUGGUGCCCAAUCAGAACUUUCCAUACAAGCAAGGAACGAGGUGCACCGGAUGUUCCACGGGUUGUGCUGUCGGAGAUUGUCUGUGCGCUUAAUCGUUCUCAAAAAGAUGAUUCUGUCGGUUUUAUAUAGUAAAAGGCAGCGAUCGUCUGCCAGGAUUGUUUAGCAGUCAAACAGAAGUUUCGCCUAACUAUAAGGUCAUUUUCUCGAUGUUUUCCUUUGAUUAAAUGUGGGCAAAAUGUGAUCAGACAUUUCAGAAAUGAUAUUGUCCAUGUAACAGACGCUGCGUUGUCCAAGUUUUUCUAGCCUAUUAACCCUCCAACGCUCACUACCCGAACGGGCGGGAGUUUCUUCAUGAAAACUGGGAUUUCCCGAUAAAAAAAUCCAGUUAAGAAA